AUGCUGCUCCAAACGCAGGUGGCUCGUUCGGAUUCUGCGCAAGCCGGCGGCAAGAAGAGCAAGAAGAAGGGACAGACUUUCUCCCUUCACAGCUUCAACGCGGCCCCUUCUGGCAGCUGGGCCGACGACGAGGAGAGCGAGUACAUCCCUGCUGCUGCCGCCCCCAGCGGCCCAUCAUCAGGCUCGGCCAUCCCAACAGGACCGGCCCGCGGUGCCUCCUCCGACUCAUACGGCGGUGAUCGCGGCGGUGACCGUUCCUACGGCGGCGAUCGCGGCAGUGAUCGCUACGGCGGCGACCGCGGUGGUGAUCGCUAUGGCGGCGACCGUAGUGAUCGCUACGGCGGCGACCGCGGUGGUGAUCGCUAUGGCGGCGACCGUAGUGAUCGCUAUGGCGGUGAUCGCGGCGGUGACCGUUCCUACGGUGGCGACCGUGGUGGUGAUCGCUAUGGUGGCGACCGCCGCCAGGACCGCCCUCGCGAAGACCGCCCUCGCAACGACGACCGCGAGCCGCGCCCAAUUCCCACUCAACCCCCGUUCAUUGCCUAUGUGGGCAACUUGCCGUUCGAUGCCAACAGGGACGACAUUGCCGACUUUUUCCGCGACCUGAACAUCAAGGAGACCCGCAUCCUGGGCCCUCGCGAAGGCGAACAGCGUCCUCGCGGCAUUGCUUACGUCGAGUUUGGUGAUGCCAACGAUCUUGUUGCCGCAAUUGAUCGCCAAGGCCAAGAGCUCCAUGGUCGCCAGCUGCGCAUCAACGUUGCUGAAGGCCAGCGCUCAAACAACGCCAGCGGCAGCAGCAGCCGCGGUGGCUUCCGCAACGAUCGUGCCGCUCCCGAAGAUGCCAAGUUCACCACGGGCUGGCGUAACGAGAACUAUACCCCACAGGCCCCGAUGGAUCGUCCCGAGCGAUCGGACCGCGGCGAUCGUGGAGAGCGCUCGGACUAUGGCUUUGGCUCGCGCAACCGCGACAGCCGUGACCGUCGUGACGAUCGUCGCGACGACCGCCGAGAUGACCGUCCCGCCACCCGCGCCCCUCUGAACUUGGCGCCUCGCACUCGCACUGAGGAAGCUGCCCCUUCGUCAGACGCAUCGAGCGAGCCCAAGCGUGCCGCUUCGUCAAACCCGUUCGGCGCCGCUCGCCCCGUCAACACGAACGCCAAGGAGCUUGAAAUUGCCGCGCGCCUCGAGCAGAUGCGCAUCGAGGAAGCCAAGAAUGCGCCCCCGCGACAAGACAACCGCGAUCGUCCCUUCAGCGGCCGCGACCGUCCUCCCCGUGAUGGCGACCGUCCUCCCCGCGAUGGCGACCGUCCUCCCCGCGAGCGCGACAACCGCGACAACCGCGGUCCACGACGGGACAACAACGGUCCGCGUGCUCCCGUUGAUGCUGCCGCUGAGGCCUCUUCUUAA